AUGUUCUACUAUCUUGAAAGGAAGCCUGAGAAAAAUAAAGAGGUUUAUUUCAGGCUUUCUCGAGAGCUUCAACAGAAUUUUACAGCUCAGUAUAACACUUCAAUAAACGAAAGCGAUUUUAAACGUUUUAUGCAGAAGGCUUUUGAAGUUGUUAGAGUUGGAAACAAACCGGACUGGAGCAUUCUUAGUGGUCUUAGCUUUUCGAUGACAACGUUAGCGACAGUCGGUUAUGGCCAUAUUACACCAGAAACUCCACUCGGCCAACUUCUUACAGUGCUAUAUUGCUUUGUUGGUCUGCCCAUAUCAAUGCUGACCCUAAAAACAUUUGGAGAACUCCUUUCUAAAAUGGUUAACAAUUUCAUUCACAUGUUGGAGACAAAGGUACUUGGCGGGAGAAGACCUCGAAGGGUUAAAAUGAAAAGCUUUUUCACUAUCCUGACGUUGAUGGUUUUGACUUUAUGUGCCUUUGGACUGAAACAGAGUUACAUGGAGGGCUGGACUUUUAUAGAAGGUGUUUACGCAUGGUUUGUCACACUGUCCACCAUUGGGUAUGGUGACUACGUUCCUAACUGGGGCUUGCUAUUACGAUGUGAGGAAUCUCUACAUUCCAAGAUAACUCUUGGGUUGGUGAUUUCUGCGUCAGCUCUGCCUGCUAUGGUAGCACUCUCUGUGGUCUCUGGGGUCCAUAACUCAGUUGUGGAGGCCCUUGAAGAAUUAAGAAUUAAUUCUCAGGAUCACCAGCAAUGUCCCGGACACGAAAAUGACCGAUUUGAAUUUGAACCGGUGAUCAUCGUUGUCCCAAAUCCAACAAUAACUAACAAAAAUCAAAGACGGCGAUCAGCUUCUUUCUGA